UGUCCCCGAAUUCCAGAGACGGAUGGCAUGAGCAUGCCGGUGGUGGUACCAGGAGAAGAGCUGUCUCAGAUUUUUCUCGACUUAAGGAUGAUGAACAUUCUGUCCUGGAACGUGAUCAACAUCCUUCACGACGAUACAUUCGGCAGAGACACGAUCAGCAGAGUAAUGACAGCCAUCUCGGACAAGUUACCGAACAAGCAAGUGAACUUGAUCUCUAGAUCGAUUUUCACGUUGAAACACGAAACAACUAGAAGUGAAAGGAAAAGUUCGGUGAAGAAGACGUUGAAUGAUUUCCACGUGGAACAACUGGGACAUUGCUUCUUAGUUAUUGCUACUGUCGACAUGAUUGCCGAUGUGAUGGGCGUGGCGAGAUCCUUGAAGAUGGUUCAUCCAGGUAGUCAAUGGUUGUACGUGAUCACCGACAGCGCGACGAAGAAUAUGACAAAUAUGACGACAUUCGUUGAUUUAUUGGCAGAAGGAGGAAACGUAGCCUUCAUGUACAACGCGACCAAUUUGAGCAACUACUGUGAAAUCAAGCUGAUACGUUACAUGGAAGAAUUGAUUCAAGCAUUGGCGAAAGCUCUCGAGUACUCCUUGACGAACGAGAUUGAUCUGUUUAAGAGCAUGGAAGAGGAGAAGUUCGAGAUGAUCAGGUUAACGAAACGCGAGAGGCGAGCGGAACUCCUGAAGAACAUUAGAAUACACCUUUCCCAAAACGCGUUUGCUUCAGAAGGUUUCUGCGGACGGUGCUUGUUAUGGAGAUUCUCCUCGUCCAUAACUUGGGGAAAUUUCUUUUCUCGCGGUAGAAACAUGGCACACCUGUUGGAUAUAGGCACAUGGUCACCUGGUUUCGGAAUAAAUCUAACGGACGUGAUUUUUCCUCAUAUCGCGCACGGAUUCAGGGGCACUAAUUUACCAAUUGCGACUUACCAUAAUCCACCGUGGCAGAUAAUUUCUGUGAGUAAAACAGGCCAAAAGCUGUACGAAGGAUUGGUAUUCGACGCGAUCAAUUACUUAGGCUCGAAAUUGAAUUUCUCUUAUACGGCGAUUACGCCGGAAGUGACUCGAAAUUCGAACUCUUGGAAUACUUCUCGGUACGCCAAGCUUGGCGAGAAAAUUAAAGAAAUGACCAUGUCGACUACCAGAAAAGUGCCAAAAGAGGUGAUCGAUUUGGUGCGAGAGAGGGAGGUUCUUUUAGGUGCUUGCGCGAUCACUGUAAACGAAAAUAAGAAGGACGCGAUUAAUUUUACCGUACCUAUUUUCGUGCAGACCUAUAGUUUUUUAACUUCCAGGCCUAAACAAUUGUCUAGAGCUCUCUUGUUCGCCUCACCGUUCACCAAAGAGACGUGGGCCUGUCUGGCGGUAUCCAUUAUCGUAAUGGGUCCGAUCUUGUACCUGGUUCACAAGUACAGCCCGUACAGCAUCAAGACCUCGGGCCUAAAGUCCUCGUUUCAAUGUGUGUGGUACGUGUACGGGGCACUUCUUCAACAAGGAGGAAUGUAUCUGCCGCAUUGUGACAGCGCUCGCAUACUGAUCGGUGUCUGGUGGUUGAUCGUGAUGGUCGUGGUAGCUACUUACUCCGGAAGUCUGGUCGCCUUUCUCACUUUUCCACGAAUGGACGCCUCUAUCCUAACCGUAGACGAUCUGCUCGCGCGUAAGGACGGGAUCACCUGGAGUUUUCCAAACGGUAGCUUUCUCGAAAUGUACCUACAGGAGACCGACGAGCCUAAAUAUCAUACUUUAUUGUCGCGCGCGGAAAGUCACAACGACACGGAGGAAGAGAAACUGGUGGAACGUGUGAAGGAUGGGAAACACGCUCUGAUCGACUGGAGGAGUUCCCUCAGGUUCUUGAUGAGGAAGGAUCUGUUGUUGACCGGAGUCUGCCAUUUCUCGUUGAGUAUGGACGAGUUUCUCGAUGAACCUAUCGCCAUGAUCAUUCCACACGACAGUCCUUAUUUGCCUGUCAUUAACGCGGAAUUGCAUCGAAUGCUGGAGUCUGGGAUGAUGAAUAAAUGGAUCACGGAAAGGAUGCCGAUUAAAGACAAGUGCUGGGAAGUGCCAGGAAGCAAUCAGGCGGUAAACAAACGGAAAGUGAACGUCACCGAUAUGCAAGGAAUAUUUUUCGUAUUGUUCAUGGUCGAGAGAGAAUCCGCGAGGAGACGGGUUGUCCAUGCUCCUCGCCAGUCGACCUGUGCUCCUCGUCCGCCAGUUAUCCAGCAACCAGUCGCGAUUAAUAUGGGCGCCUGGAUGUCCUGGCUGAUCCUGCUGCAGCUGUCGUCCGUGUUUGUCCACGGCUACGACAACGUGGGAUUCGACGGCUGGUAUCAACCGGUUCCGCAUCGGCCGGUCGACAUCAUCACGGACGUUAUUAACGACCUAGGCGUGCGGAUUCUGCAACAGUACACGGCCCACGGGAACGUUGCAUUCUCGCCGACGGGGGUUGGCUUCAUCCUGGCCGCACUUUAUGAGGGCUCGGCUGGCAGAGGAAGACAGCAGAUCGCGGAUGCUCUUGGUCUACCGCGAGAUCGAGACAUCACCAGGAUCGGUUUUCGCGAUAUCCAUCGUAGAUUGAGGACGUAUUUGAACGCCGAUGGAUUCCUCGGGGGUCUAACGCUCAAUCACGAGAACACGAAACUGAGGCCAGAGUACGAAGACAUCCUUAGGUUCUACGGAUUCGAUCUGUCUAUCCCUGAGGAGGAAACCAACGAAACCGAAACUACUACUGUACCAGAAACAACUAGUGCGAUGACUGAACAAUCGACGACCGAAGCAAGAACGUUGGUUCCUGACGAAACUACCACGCAGAGUACGACAGUAAGAACUAUGCAGAGUUCUGAGAUCACUAGCGAUAUACCAAUGUCCACUACUCCCAUGGUUGAACUUAUUGGAAUGACCUUAAGCACCGUAGACGAGCGAGAUAGAUUGACACAAACUAUUUCUGAUAGCUCUGUUUUAACGGGUGCUACGGUAGCUACUACCCUGCCUAGUUUAGUUACAACUUUAUCUACCGAGGCAAUGACUACAUCUACGAGCACAUUGCCUAGUUCAAUUACAACUUCAUCUGAAACUUCUACCACUGUUAUUUCUACUACUACUACUACUGCAGCUACUACAACAACUUCUGAAAUACCGCAGACAACCGUUACAAAUUCUGCUCAACCUAUAACGACGGUCGCUUCCACAUCAAGUAUUCAAUCGCCAAAUGCUGAUGGAACAUCAAGUACGCCAUCGACUUUGACGAGUACCGUUGCGAUUAUAUCUACUCCAAGUUCAACUUCAGCGGCGCCAGUAACAUUUUCAACAUCGAUGGAAACAAAUUUAGAAUCGACGAGUACAUCUGCUAUUGGUCAGACGACCGUUUCUACUGAUCAGACAACCGAAUCUGUGAUGACGACGGAACCCAUCAUGGAGUCAACGACCGCGUUAACAGGCUCUACGCCAAGUUCUACGUCAACAACUACCGGAACUACUACUGUCAUCGCGUUAUCCGCAGAAACUUCAGAAACGUCAGCAGCCAAUGUCACAGAAGCUUCAACGAGUUCGACGAUCCCAACUCAGGCGAACGAGGCGUCGUCCACGAAUGGACCACCUGCUGAUGAGAAUACCGUUUCAACGGGCUCGAACAAUCAGUCUAUCCCGAACGAGAUGGGAUCUACCGAUUUGCCAGUCACGACCACAAGUGAAACCGGGUCGACUGGACAGCUGACCACUGUAUCCUCGAGCACGAUGAUGAAUCGAAGGAAACGCAGCGACAGGAGCCCCAGGGGAUUCUUCUCUAGCUAUCCAGACGAAGGAAUUUGGAUGCAGGACCUAGGAAUCUGGAAGCCUUAUUCCACGACCUUGAACGAGGCAUCCGUCAGAGACUCGACGGAGAUAUCGUUCCUAGUAAACGGCUGCGAUGUCUCCUCCGUUACGGCUUCCAGAUACUUCGCAGUUCUACCUUUUGCCUAUUUUCCAUCGCUGCACGCAGUUGCCCUUGAGUUUCCGCUUGAUGACCCAAGGUACAAUAUCCUGCUCAUGAUGGCGACAGACAGAAGGGACACGUAUCGUUUGGCGAGAGAUCUUGGCGGGAAAUCGUUGAGACUAUUGCGGAAGCAGUUACAAGCUACUUGGGUCAGGGCCACCAUUCCGUCCUUCAUGUUGCGCGGUUUUGUCACAUUAACGUCUUUCCUGCAAAGGUUGGGAAUUUUGGACGUGUUCGAGCCUAGAACCGCCGAUCUCUCACCAAUGACACCAGAUCUUGGUGUGUACGCCAGAGACGUGCAACAGAGUAUCGGGGUGAACAUCAGAAACUAUAUGAAACCUGACAGAACCCACUCUCGUGAGUCGACUUAUCGUCCUACCGAUCCUCCAUUGAUCGUUCCACUACGUCGGGACUAUUAUCGAUACUAUCAUCCAGGAAAUGGAUUAUUCGAGAGGGCAGGGCCAGUGCCAUUUACAGUUGUCCAUCCGUUCCUCUACUUCAUCGUCGACGCAGAGACUUCGGUAGCUUUGAUCGCUGGUCGGGUUAACGAUCCGCUCAAUUCGCGAAUUUUGUAACUCUUAAUCUACUUGGGAACAAAGAUGGACAAGUUCCGGGUAGUAAUAAACACAUAUGUUUAUUUGACAUACUUAUAAAUAUCGUUAUAUAUCUAUAAACAAUUACACACAUA